CGACGAGGCGGAGAAGGAGGUCGCGCUCGGCCGGAUUCGCACGGAGCCCGCGCCGACCUCGCUCCGGCGCUCGCGGACCGUCGAGGGCCAUGUGCGCGGCUCGCCGCGCCAAUCGCUCGCGCGGCUCUCGCUGGCGCCCGCGGCGCGGCAGGCGGAGGCGGUGCAACGGACGCUGGUGGCCGAGGCUGGCGGCGACGAGCCGGCGGGCGGGCUGCGCGUGCACCGGCUGAAGCUCAAGACGCGGCACCUGCAGCUGGUCAAGUGGUGGCUGCUCGGCUCGAUCGGCCUCACGCUGGUCGCCUUCUUCACCACCUCCUUCACCAUCUCGGUCGAGGGGCUCGUCGGCAACAUCAUCGACUCGCAGCCCGGGCAGAGCUCCCACCAGUCCUUCUCCUUCUUCUCGAUGGGCGACGUGCUCGGCGAGUCGGCGCCGGCGAUCGGCGGCGCCGUGCUGCAGGCGCACCGCUACCUCUUCCUCAUCCUGUGCGGCGUGAUGCCCGUGGUCUGGCUCAGCCUCUGCCUCAUCAUCUGGCUCGUGCCGAUGGACCCGCACACGAGCCACAACUUCGGGCUGCUCGCCCAAGUCGCGUACUGCUACACCGGCAUGGACGUGCUCGUCGUCGUGAUUGGCGCCACCAUCUUCCAGCUCGGCGCCGCCAUCGAGUUCCAGUUCGAGUCGCAGGUCUGGCUCCUCUCCUCGCUCAUCGACCGCUACUUCUCCGAGUUUGUGCCCGAGACCUCCCGCACGCACGUGCACACCACCAUCUCGCUCGGCGCCGCCUUCGAGAUUGGCAUCGGCCUCGUCGUCGUCGCGUCGAUCGUCUCCACCGCCGCGGGCUGGUUCGUGAUGUACGCGCACCAGCGGCUGCUGCACGAGGAGACCUUCUUGUUCCCGGUGGACGGCCAGGAGGGGCUGGAGUCGAGCGACCCGGAGGACGGCGAGGGCGGCGCGCUGGGGGAGCACUCCUCCUCGCAGGUGGCGGACUUGCGCGAGCUGCCAGCGACGGGCGGGCUGUCGCGGCUGAGGCAGGGCCUCUCUUUUGGCGGCAGCCCCCAAAGCGGGCCAUCUCGGGCCCCCUCCACCACCUCAACGGACGACCUCGCGGGGAUGCGGCAGCGCGUCCUGUUGUGAUGUGUGAGAGCCGGGGUGCUGCGCUGGGCACCUUGCCCGUGCGUGGCCCACCCUCGGUCCCUCGCUCGAGGUGGCUCGAGUCGAGCGGCACAAGAGGUCACCCCUUUUGAAAGGAGAGGGUUGGUGAGGAGAACCCCCUCUUGUUGUGGAAUAUUCUCUCUCGCUCCUGCCUCUUUUCUCUGAAGUCGAGAGAGACCGCCCCUCUCAUGGCCCCUCUAUUCAAUUAAAAGUCUAUUCGCCCGC